AUGGCUGCCGCACCAACACGUCGUUCGAUCCUCGCAGAGGUGAAGCAAAUCAUCCCUCCUCUUUCAGAGAAGAUGCACAAGGGUCAAGCCGGGCGGGUAGGCAUCGUAGGAGGUUCACGAGACUACACUGGUGCACCCUACUUUGCCUCGAUGUCCUCGAUGAGGCUCGGUGCAGACAUGUCACACACCAUCUGUGAACCCUCGGCGGGAAAUGUCAUCAAGACUUACUCUCCCGACCUGAUUGUGCACAGGGUGCUGGAUGAGAACAAGUCAAAUGCGGACAUCAAGAAGGACCUGGAAGGCAUCUUCGCCCGUUUGCACUCUCUCGUUCUGGGUCCUGGACUAGGACGAGAUGAACAUAUGCAAAGCUGCGCUAGGACCGCACUGGCCCUUGCUAGGGAGAAGGACAUCUGGACCGUAGUUGACGCAGAUGGACUUUGGCUCGUGGCCAAUGAGCCCGAAGUCGUCAUUGGUUGGGACAAGGUGGUGCUCACUCCCAAUGUCGUCGAAUUUGGAAGACUGUGUCAAAAGAUGAACAUUGAUAUGAAGAAGGGUGGAGGCUCGGAUGCUGCAAAGGAGUUGAGCGCCGCAUUGAAGGGGCCGAUCAUCCUGGAGAAGGGAUCGGUGGACCGGAUCUCUAAUGGAAUCGAGGUGCUCAUCUCUGACGAGCCCGGAGGACUGAAGCGAUCAGGCGGACAGGGUGACAUUCUCUCCGGCACACUGUGCACCUUCCUCGCCUGGGCCAAGAUCUUCAGAGACGGAGAAGCCGUGCACGCCGGAGCGCCCAAGCCAGACACCAUCGACGAGAAGAGGCUACUGCUGCUAGCUGCUUAUGGCGCUUCUUGCCUCACACGUACUUGCUCUAGAGAGGUGUUCAAGGUGAAGAAGAGGGCACUGCUGGCUGAUGAUCUGCUGGAUGAGGUUGGACCUGCGUACGAGAAGCUGUUUGGGGAAGGCAGCUCGCUGUGA